AUGGAGAAUAUAUCACUCCCAGUGCUUUCCUCGGAGAAUGUCCUGGAUUAUUUUCCGGCAAAUCCUAUCAAAGAACCGUUUGCCGAUGCCUGGAACUAUAUGACAAACAACUACACCAAAUUUCAAAUUGCUACUUGGGGUUCCCUUAUAGUUCAUGAGCUUGUAUAUUUUAUGGCCUGCUUGCCAGGCAUCACCUUUCAGUUUUUGCCUUUCAUGCAGCGGUUCAAAAUACAGGCAAACAGACCAGAGACAUUCAAUGGUCAGUGGAAAUGUUUCAAGCUUUUGAUGUUCAACCAUUUUUGUAUACAGUUACCUCUGAUUGCUGGAACAUACGUAUUUACAGAGUAUUUCAACAUACCGUAUGGAUGGGAUGAGAUGCCUGCUUGGUACAACUUAGCACUGAGGGUGUUUGGCUGUGCCGUCAUUGAAGACACCUGGCACUAUUUCAUGCAUGCCGCCCUACAUGAUCGGAGAAUUUACAAACACAUCCACAAAGUACAUCACCACUUCCAGUCACCAUUUGGGAUGACAGCCGAGUAUGCUCACCCAGCUGAGACUCUCAUACUUGGAAUGGGAUUCUUCUGGGGGAUCCUACUCCUGGCCAACCAUGUGGUUCUCCUGUGGGCAUGGGUCAUAGUCCGACUCUUUGAAACCAUUGAUGUUCAUAGCGGAUAUUAUCUCCCUUAUCUGAAUGUAUUUCAUCUGUUUCCCUUUUAUGCAGGGGCCAAGUUUCAUGACUUUCAUCAUUACAACUUCACGGGAAACUACGGCUCAACAUUCACUUGGUGGGACAAACUGUUUGGCACAGACAAGCAGUUCAAAGAAUAUUAUGCAAAGAUCGAUGGCAAGAACAAAAAAUUACACUGA